GAUGACGAGCCAAGCCUUGUCGUCGACUGAAAGUGAUACGUAAAAACACAAAAAAUGUAUAGAAAAUUACUGUUCAGACUGGACUGACACUUACGGGAAAAAUUGAAACCUGGAAUUACCGUAUCAUCAUGGAUAAAACACUGUUUUUGAUUGGCUUCUUGUUCCUUACUUUGAGCGCCAUUAACGCGCAGACUGGAUCUGAACUCCCUUCCCUUGGUGUUCUAGCGGCUUUGGGCAUUUCAGCUGGAGCCGCUAAUUCUUAUUUAUUUGCAUUAUUCCAACGACUAAGGCUAAAUUUAAGGGAUUGCGAGGAGAAAAUCAGUCGUCUCGAAGAUUGUAGGAACGACUUGACAAAAGUUGAGGAGGAGGAGGAAAAAUGUAGGAAAGAAUGGGGUGAAUGUGAGGAGGCGUAUUUUAAGGUGCAACAGGAGCUGGAAAACACAAACAUGGAUCUUGCGGAAUGUGAGUUUCUAAGGGAGCUUUGUCGUGCCUAUCCAGAUAAUUGUACCUGUGCAGAAUAUACUAAUGCAGCUAAUUGUGAGAGCGACGCUAAGUGUGAUUGGCAGGAUCCCACAGACUAUUGCACGAUUAAUACCUUUACUCCGUCAUAGCUCCUCUGGUGGAAAAACCAAACGCUUAUUCAGUCAAAAAGGAUUGAAGCAGAAAUGUUUUAAGAAAACCAGUUAAUUAUAAAAUUAUUUUCUAACCAAGAAGCUCAAACUCAAUAGUUUUUUCAAAAAAAUUAUAAUUAGGAUAAAUAAUUGCGAUAAAGUAAUUUUGCUUUCUUUUACUGUGUGUAUUUAGGAAAAAUAAUUAUGAUAAA